AUGUGCCCAGCGGGUAGGGCCUGCUUCUGUCUUGGAUGUUUAGAUGGCCGCUGGGGCUGUUUGACUUGGCGAGUGACCGGCGGUGACGCUGCGGCAGUCCUGGCGCCCAUCAUACGCGACAACGAGGAGCCGAAGUUUCUGCUGCGGAAGGACGAAGGCGACAGCUGCUUCACGUCGCUGGCGAAGGGCAUAUUGUACCAACAGAUAUCCAUAACGGCGGGCAGCGCCAUCGUUCGCCGGCUGAAGGACGCGUGCGGGGGGGCAGAGAUGGUAACACCUGAAGUUGUGUUGUCAUUGGAUGAGGAGUGCAUGAGGACAAUCGGGGUGUCUGGGCGCAAGGCGAGCUAUUUGAAGGCGCUGGCUACAGAAUUCGCCACCGGAACCUUGACCGACGAGGGAUUAAGAAGCAUGCCUGACGAGGAGCUUCGGGAGGCACUGACGAAGAUCAAGGGAGUUGGGCCUUGGACAGUGGACAUGUUUUCUAUGUUCUACCUUGGUCGACCGGAUAUCCUGCCAGUCGGCGACUUGGCGGUUCGCAAGGGACUGAAGGUCCUUUACAAUCUGCCUGAGCUGCCUGGCGUGCCGGAAAUGGAGUCCAUCACUGAGCAGUGGAGGCCCUUCAGGUCCGUCGGUUCGUCUUACAUGUGGAAAGUGGAGUCCGAGAAGGCGCCAAGAAGUCCCGGCAAGUCAAAGGCGACCAAGCAAAAUGGGAAGUCGCCAGUGUCGCGUAAGAGUAAAGUGCCUGUUAUGUAG